UCCCACUUAUACUUUCACUUUUACGGAUGCCUUUUCGAAAGCGCCAUUUACACUGCGCCUCUGACUGAAACCGUGCUUUACGUUGUUUAAUUCGGGGUUUUAAAAUGCUUUUAAUCUUAGUUUAACGCUGCUGGACGACCUUCUCGGACCAACGCCAUGAUCGCUUCGUCUCCAAUCAGAACUCUUUCGGGCCCGGGAUGGCUUCUUGUUGUUCUGGCGGCGGCCUCUGUGUCCUCGGUUCCUACAGACGAAACAAUCUUUGUAAAGGAGGGAGGCGAGGUAACACUCAAACCAAAACAGGGGUCUGUGACUGAUGCGACAAAAGGGAUCACCUGGAAAGUUGGUGAAGAUCUGGCUGUUGACUUGGACUCAGUAGGUACCGUGUAUUAUGGUAGAUUUAUAGGUCGGAGCAAGUUGAACAACCAGACUGGAGAAUUCACUAUCAGAAACCUGACUUAUGAUUUCACCAACGUGUACACAAUACAGAUAAACGACAUUGCAGUGGGCCUCAAGAUUUACCUCAAUGUACUUGCUGCAGUUCCUGUACCUACCAUUGCUGCAUCCUGCCUUAAAGGUGAAAACAAAUGUACCAUGUUCUGUGACGGAACCACGACCAGAGCAGGACCAGUAGAAUACAAAUGGAUGGCUGACAACACUGAAUUGUCAGGUUUCACAGACAAAACUUUCAUUGUAAAGAACGACAGUUCAGGUGUCAGACAGUUCAAAUGUAAAAUGAAGAAUCCAGUCAGUGAGGAGACAAGCGAAUCCUUCGCCAACCCAUUCAAGGCUGCUGAAAGUGGUCCAAGGAUUUCCACAGGAGUCACAGUGUUGGUCAUAUUGCUGGUUCUUGUGAUACUGGUGGCCAUUGGCCACAGAAUGAAAACAGGAGAAUGGUUCUACAAUAAAUCCUCCAUGCCUUGGGAAAGAGAUUUCUGGAGGAAUACCAAGGCGGAGCAACAUCAAGCAGCUGCUUCAGAAUCCAAUGGCAACACCACUCCACUAAAAGGCCAAUUAAAUGAGGAAACUCCAGCGACGGAUCAGUAAAACAACGUCAAGAGACCGGCACCAUCGGCAAAAUCUUCCCUGAAACAAACAUUUUAUGAGAUGGAUUAAUCUAGAAGUGAUUUUUUAUUUUUUUAUUUUUUCUCCUCAGAAUGUUUUUGACAUUUUCCACUGGCACUGAAAGCAACAACUGACCUGAGAGUACACACCAAGAUAUUCUGCUCUGCUGUUACGUUGGAUGUUUUUUAAUUUGUUGUUGUUAUUGCAGCGUCUGAAUCAUGCACUUAAGUGAUAUUUUUAAGGAAAAUUAAUCGAACUAGAGUGAGUUUAGAUAAGACAAAGGGGAAAGAGGAGGGCCGCUGAGCCUUUGGAGGUUUGGCUCAGGAGUUUCCAAAGUGUCAAACAACUCCUAAGACAAUACCUGGAAACUCGGUACAGUGAGCUUUUGUGUAAAAGACAUUAGAUAGAAGACUUUAUAUAAAUAACACCCACUGGUACUUUGACCUGAUCGGACCUGCGUGUGCUCCUGGUUUGAUGCGAGACGGGAUUCGUGCACUUUUAUUUGCGUCAUAGCAACGGAGCUAAGAGGAGAGGAAGAAAGGAAGGGCAUUGUGUGAGCAGGACGGCCUGUUCAGCCAACAGUCAAAGCUUUGUGCAGAACUGCUAAUGGUUAGCUUCAACCAACAUAUUUGGUUUGUGACUUGGCUUUGGGUGAUGAUAGAUGCUCCUCCUUACAGAUUUAUGGUUUUAUUUAGUAAGGAAAAAAGCAAUCAAAGCCAACCUGGCUUUAUGUGAUGAGAGCAAUCCAAGCAUCAACAUUGAUUUUUCUUUUUAAAGUAAAAAUUUCUUUUAAAGGUCAAGUCAAAGUGUUGUGUUCCGUAAUCUUUGUGUGUUUCCUUAAAAGUCUAAGGGACGAUUAGGAUGUUUUUGCCAAAUGUGAAACAGGCCUUUAGAGUCUUUUUAACGAAUCGCGAACUCUGACGUAGAGUUUCAAAUAUUUGCGGCCUGAAAGACGCCUGAAGCUGCGUCUCCAUUGCGAAUGUGCGCAAAACUUUGUCGAUAUUCCACUAACGUCGGAAAAACACGAGUUGUGGUGUUUCCUUUACAUAAGAAACCCAAUUGGAUACGUUUGUUCAUGUGAAAAGUCAUUAAAAAACUUAUUUUUCCCCUAGUCAUUAAAAAAAACAAAAAACAAACCUGCAUGCCGCGUCAUCAUCCUCCAACUACUUCCUGUCUUCUUUGUGGUUUGAAGCAGUGGUAACAUCUGGUUGUUGAUCAUGUGACUUGUGUGAUGCCCAAAAAGUGCUUCCAUUGCAGUUUUGCAAAAAUAAACCAAUUUCAAUAUGGCCGAAAAACUACUUCAUCCUAACGCCAAAACCUUUGAUCAAAAAAAAAAAAAAAAAAAAAAAAAAAAGAGGUUUUCUUUUUCAAAAUUUGUGUGUUGCUGUUAAGCAAAUUGAUUUUCAAAAUGUCAAAUUGCACAAUUACAUAGUCAAUGGAAACCCAGCUGAUGACUUUGUUGUUGUCAAGCAGGUUGUGCUUCGGUGCUUUAAGGUUCUUUUCUCACACUGGGUCAGGUUGGUUCGGUGAACUUUUAAUCGUAAAAAAUGAAAUCAUUAUGAGACACUACAAUAACAACAGAACUGCAUGAUGGGACACGUUUUUCAGUUACUUUUAGACUUCUGAGAUUUAAAAAAGGAAAAAAAAACUAAAUGUGUUUAGUUUUUACACACCUUUUCAGUGUUUGUGUAAAUUUGUUGCUUUUGUAUGUUUUUCUUCUACUUAUUUUUUUUUUCAUGUUUAGCCUUUUUUUAACAACUGACAUUCGUCUACUUGAACAGGAAGUUGAGGUAUUUCCGAGACUUGUACUGAGAUCAACCCCAAAUGCUCAAUUUUUUUAAAACAUCUUAGGUAUGUAGAGAUUAGCUUAUUUAUUAUAAAGAAAACACAUUCAGUCAAUGUUGUAUACGAGCUAAAGUACAUUAAAUAAACGCAACAACAACCCAGUACUUUUUAUGUGCGUUUUGCAUUAAUUUUUAUUGUUUAACCACUAGAGGGCAGCAAAUGUUCAUCUGGUUUAUGCAGUAAACAAAAUAAAAUGCAUUAAACUA